AUGAUAUUGUACCUGACGAUUUGGUUCGAGAAACUUCUCCGUACGGAGGUGACCUUCGAAGGCGUCAUUCGCUGGUUCGUGGGCACAUGCCUAUUCAUAUCUGCGUGCAUCCUCGCUUCCUUCGGCACCAUACAUACGAUUUUCGACGACCGGGAAUCGUCCUUAUCGGUUCUCCGUUACGUCAUUCUUCGACAUACCCAAAAUUCACUUUCACCGGCUGGACUCUACUACAAAUUGAUGGUGUGGUUCAAGGACUGUCUCGUCGAUGCUGAGGGUGAUUCUGGUGGCAAUGGCAAGAUCGAUCUGUUGAACCGUUAUUCUUCGAUGCCUUCCUUUGCCGUCCAAGGUCUGAAAGAGUUUUUAUGGGAAUUGGUCGACGUUUUUGUUGUCCGAUAUAAGCGAGAGCCUACCACAAAGCAAAUACAAACAUAUGAAGCAUGCAAGGUGUCGAAUUCAGAUCUUGCCCCAGAACUCCCGGCCGGCGAAUACUCCACGAAACAAGAAAAACUUGACAACCCUGCCUGGCUUAUCGGGACUCUGGAGGCAAUGGGUCAUCAGAUGAGAUGCUUUUCAAAACAGACAAAAGCUUCCGUCAGAGUACCGUUAUAGUCUUUAUAAUGCUCAACGAUUGAGGAGCGCGCGAG